UAAUUUCUAUAAUAUGUUGAUUGAUUCUUUAGGCAAUGCAACUCUUCUUAGUAUCUUCCCGGUCUCCGAGUAGCGUGGCAAAUUAUGCCUGAAUGUGUACGCCUUUUGUACCAACAUGAAGGACAUGAAGAGUCUUCUUCUUAUUUCGCCAUGUCUUGGUGCAUAUUAUAUUGAAACCUUUUGUUAUUUUGGCAAUUGAUAUAGGUGUAAUUUUUGACUCAUCAGUGGCCUGGAUGUUCCUUUGUGCCGUAGUAUCAUCUACGAUUUAGGAUUCCACAGUGAUCUCGUGUGUUUAACUUUUAUAUUUUAGCAUUGUUUACGUAAAAAAGGUUAUUAUAAACUUUCGGCUUUUGGAAGAUUAGCAUGAUCCUUUUAAUAUUUGCAGUAUUGGCUCCUUUAAUAAAAAUUGAUUGAUUCCGUAAUGUUUUUGUUUUUAUUAUCAUAUAUGUUGAAUAAAGUGUUUUCAGGAUGUUAAUUCGUAGAAAUAUUGGUUAUCAUUCCUGGUCUAACACUUUUACCCAUGUAGUCAUUGGAUAUGUUGUCUAUUUUUCAUUGUUUACCAGUGUUAUAUAUGGCAAAGAUCCUGAUGGAAUUGUUCGUGAAGAUAAACGUCGCAGAUUAGAAAUGCCAUCUGGGCUGGAUUAUGAUGAGAAGUUGCCCGAUUCUGAUGUUUUCCGUUCAGUGGUUGCCCAGAUAUGUGAACUUAUAGGCUGUGAAGAUGCACAAGACUUGGUGUUUGUUGAGGAGCAGCUUGUACCAUUCCUUCAGAAUUUGAAGCACAUGCGGAAGACGAAAGUAGCUUCACGGCCUCCGGUUUCUUCUGCUACUGUUAUGGAGGAUCAUGACAUUUCCAUCAGCGACAAUCCGAGGUCUUGGGUGGAUACAUCUCUAACUCCACCAUCUCUUUCUGAAAAGCUAGGUUUUGCUCACGUGCAACUUGACAAGUCUCUAACUAAUGACAGUUUUGAAUUCUUACCUGGAUAUACAGAAAAGGACAAAUUGGUAGUAUGGUGUGGCACUUGGAACAUGAAUGGUGUAUCACUUUCUAAUAGAGAUAACAUAUUCGAAUGGAUAUCUACUGGUAUAAAGUCUGAGGCUGACGUUUUUGUUUUCUUUAUUCAGGAGUUUGUUCCUCUAACGACUGCCAAUGUGUUAACUAGUCAUAAAAAGAACAUGCGUAAGAAAAAGCUUAUUGCAUUAGUUUCAAACAUUUUGAAUGACUUUGCUUUUGGUCGUGGUGUUCGUUUUGUUCAUUUGAAAUCUUGUUCGAUGGUUGGUUUAUAUUUGACAGUGUUUGUGAGUGAGAAGUUGCGUCCUACUGUGCGUGACUUGGUGACUACUUAUGUGAAGACUGGUUUCAAUGGUAACGUUGGUAACAAGGGCGCUGUUGGGAUACGCUUCAAUAUGGGUGGGCAGAAUUUAGCAUUUGUUGACGUUCAUCUGCACGCUGGGAUUGUCGAAAAAGGUGUGCGUAUUGCUGAGUUAAAGGAGGUAAUUCACGCAUUAUUUCCAUCUCGCAAACGUCUAUCAAUCUUAAAGGAAGAUCUAUUUGUCCUGGGAGGUGACUUUAAUUUCCGUAUUUCCGACAUGAUGGAUUAUAAAACUACAGACGUCUUCAAAAACAUUUAUAAUGGAGAUUAUAGACAACUUCUGGAAACUGAUGAAUUAAUUCUUGAGCGCAAAGUUCCCAAAUCGUUUUUCAAACGUAUCAUUGAGGAGCCUAUAACAUUUAGACCUACUUAUAAAUUUGGUAAGGAGACCAACUUUUAUGAUGCGGAGCGCACUCCCGCUUGGUGUGAUCGUAUUCUCUACGGGAGCAAGUACUCCUCUGAUCCCAAGAAUCCAGUGCGGUGCAUGUUUUACCGCAGUCACGAUAAGGUAAUCAGCAGUGACCACAAGCCUGUCUCUGCACUGUUUAUCGUAGAUGCUGGUCGUCGUUUGGACCAAUUAGGAUAACUAUAUAAUCAUAAAAGGCUUUCCACUCUAUCUUAAAUAAGAUAGACGCUUCACUACAAUUGUAGUAUCAUUGACGAAACUCAAAAAGGGGUUUUGUUAUAAUUUUAAUAAUGUAGCAAUAAUAUUGGCACUUAAGCCAUGUAAAAUAUC